AACUUUUCCCAAACUCACGGCAAGGGCCCAAGAGACCCGGGCCGAGUGACAGCAAAGCCCCCUCGGGCGCUCGCUCCCUGCCCCCUCCACGAUCUCUGCCCUCCCCCGGUCCAAGGUCCGAGCACCCCCAGGCAUGCCCGCUGGGCUGGCUCCGGACUCCCGCCCCCGUUGCCCGGACUUCCAGUUCUCCGGGGACCCGCGACCCGGAGCAAACUUCUGCCGCCAGCCACAGCGCAAGCCCAGCCCCCUCGGCCUCCUCCUCUGGCUCCCGCCCUCGGCUGCUCGGCCCAGAUCGUACGUGCGGUGACUCUGGUGGGUGGGCAGGGCCCGCGUGGGCGGCGAGACUAUCCUGGCGCCCUCCCACCUAGCGCGCACCCCCUCCCCCUCCACGUACGACGACAGAGGGGGACGCCUCGCGCCGGGUGCCCAAGGACCCGCGUGGGACACGAAGCCCCCACGCGCGCGCUCGCACGCACGCACGUCCCCAAGCGGGAGAGGCGCUCGCCACGGCCCGGCGACACCAGGCGGGCACGACCGCUUACCUUGGCAUGGUGGAGGUACAGCAGUAAAGCCAGGGUCCAGUGCACCCAAGAGAGCAGAAAGUUCAUGGUUUCGGAGGCCCGUCCGGGGCCGGCGCGGCUCGCGCUCCCUCUCCGGCUCGGACUGCGAGGCAGCCCGCUCUCUUGCGCGCCUUGGCGGGCUCCUCUCCCUUCUGGAACCGAGGCCCGGGCCGGGGCCUGGGGCGCGCGCGCGGCUGGAGCACUGUCUGCGCACACGGCCGCCUCACCCGUCCAUGAGCCCGGCUCCCGCGAGCCGAGCGCCCACUGCGGCCCCCUCUCCUCUUCCUUAUCUUCCUCCUCUCUCUUCUCGGGCCCCGGCUCCUCCAGGCCCGAGCUAGCACUUCUCCCAGCUCCGAUCGGUUUGCCUCCUCCGGCGCAGACCACGGCUACUCCCGAGCGAGAAGAGCCCAGAAGUUGGACGAAAAGUUUCAGUGCAAUCCCGCGAGCCCCGACCCCCUCCACCCCGCCUCCGGGCGCGGGCUUCGGCUCCUGCUCGCGGCUCGCCGCCGCGUCCACCGUCGGCAGCCCGCCGGCGAGGAGGUGGGCGCUGGGGCUGGGGGCGGUGUCUGUCUGUCUAUCCGUCAGCGCGACUGGUCCGAUGCAAGAUCCCAAGGGGGAGGGCUCACGCCGCGCUCUGACGGUCACCCCCAAAAGCAGGUCAGUCACUUUGCCCCUGUCCUUCUCUCUGCUCGCUCGCCAGCGCGCUCUCUCUCUGACCGGUCUCUCGCUUCCUCGACUUCCCUCUGGAGCUCUUGCUGCCUCUUUUCUCUGCUGAUUUCCAAAAUCCGAAGUGAUUUGAGGGAGUGAAGGAGCAACCUCCCCAAACCGUUGGCACGAUCAAGACGGGAAUAAGAAGCAAAAAUAAAUUAAAGCGCAAAACAAUACAGUUUUUAAAACGUUUAAGAAAAAAAAGAGGUUUGAAUAUCAAAUCCCAGCGCGGAGACUCCCUGGCCGGUGAGUCCGCUGAAUAGUCUGCCUUGUCGCUGCGUCUCGCGACAGAGCUCCGCUGCCGCCGCUCAGCUCGCCCCCAGCGCCACGGCCUCGCUGCAGCUCGGCUGCCCCAAGCCUCUGCGCUUCUCACCGCUAACAG